AGGACACGCACACUAAAGCUGCCACUUUUUUUUCCUCCCCUUCACUCUUUUCCCCCCAUCCUAGGAUCCAAUGAUAGCUGGACAAGUCAGUAAGCCCUUGCUGUCAGUGCGGAGUGAAAUGAGUGCGGAGUUGAGAGGUGAGGACAAGGCUGCUACUUCAGACAGCGAGCUGAAUGAGCCCCUGCUUGUUCCUGUGGAAUCAAAUGACAGCGAGGACACUCCCAGCAGGCUCUUCGGGGCCAGAGGAAACCCGGCACUGUCAGAGCCAGGCACUCCUGAACAACACCAGGCCAGUCAGACCCACCCCCCGUUUCCGGUUGGGCCACAGUCGCUUCUGACGGCACAGCAGUUAGCCUCUGCUGUCGCCGGUGUAAUGCCGGGAGGCACGCCAGCCCUCAACCAGCCCAUCCUCAUCCCCUUCAACAUGGCCGGACAGCUAGGAGGGCAGCAAGGACUGGUCCUCACACUGCCUACUGCGAACCUCACCAACAUCCAAGGGCUGGUGGCAGCAGCUGCAGCCGGAGGCAUUAUGACCCUGCCAUUGCAAAAUCUACAAGGUAACCAACCGACCCACUGUGUCCCUGUGCCACGUAGGGCUCUAGCCACUGGCCAGAGUUCUCUGAAGUGGACAAGUGUCCUGAAGGUUGAAUGUGGUUCAGAGUUGCUUCCACCAUAA